AUGUAUUCCUUUAGUUCCGCCAGAGGAGCAAGAAACGAUUCAGCAAAAGUUGCUGUUCUAAUCACCGAUGGAAAAAGCUCCGUUUCCAACCAGCCCGACAAACUUAAAGCCAUGGGGGUCACGAUAUUUUGUGUCGGGGUAGGAACUGGUAUAAAUUCAAUUGUUCUGAGAUCUGUUGCCACACACAACGACUACACGUAUCUGACAAUGUUUGAUUUGUUGCCUUUGUUGACGAACGAAUUGUCCAACGAAACCUGUGGAGAAGACAUAAACGAUUGCCUAGGUGAACCUUGUCUUACAUGUAAUGGUGGGACAUGCGAGGAUCAGUUCGGAAAAUAUAUUUGUCACUGUCUGAACGGAAAUACAGACCCUAACUGCUAUGUUCCAGGUUUACCAAAUGUAACAAUAGGAUCCAGUCUAGUAGUAUAUAUUGGAUCAUCUGCCAUACUACAUUGUUACGUCACAAGCACGACAAAUAUAUCUUCUGUUACAUGGCACUAUCAGAAAAAAGGCAUCACAACCACUAUCAACACUGGCAAUACCACUAAAUAUAGCGGCAGCACUGUAGGGACACCGUCUCUUACCGUUAAAAACGUUCAAGUUGAAGAUAUAGGAAACUAUAGAUGUUUGGCUCAAAACUCAGCAGGCAUAGGCCAAAGUGCAAAAAUGAUCUUUCUAGAUUUAAAGCGAGGUUUCCCUGUGAUUUACCUGCAAAGAACAAAAUACGCUGUCAACGCUAGCGAUAGCGUGUCCCUGUCUUGCAAAUUUUCCUCCAGUUACCCUCCCGUUGUUGAGGUUGAUUGGUACAAAGACGAUGCACCAAUCAAUCCGAUGUCUAAUGGUAAAUAUUCCGGCGGAACAACUCUUUCUCCAAACCUCAACAUAACGAAUUUCCAGGAAGAAGACCAGGGUUACUACCAUUGUUCCGUGUAUAACCAGUAUGGAACCAGAAAUAGCUCUGACAUAGCCGUGUACUUACUUAGAGAUGUUCCAGCAGUUCUAGGGGAUCAAACAUCACUACUGGCUUCAGGGCGUUACAUUGUUCUGAAUUCUACCAGCUACACCGUCAACAAAAGUGCAGACGUCAUACUUUCCGUAUCUGUUUAUGCCAACCCAGAUCUUUUAAGUUUGUCGUGGCAGAGAAGUUCUUAUUCCUACUCCUACUUUAAUGACAUGAAUACGACAUUUAAUGCCAAAUACGACGGCGGAACACUAGAUUCUCCGUCUCUCGUCAUUCGUAACGUCAGCAUGGAGGAUAAAGGAUAUUACCGUCUAAAUGUGUCCAACGCUAAAGGCACAACUAUAAGUUCGAGCAUUUACUUAAAUGUUAUUGUCCGUUUACCUAUUGUAACAACGCAGCAGACACACUUUUACUACGUCUAUUCGGAAACUAAUCUCACAUUUGAGGUUAACGUCACGUCCGAGUUACCCAUGGUUUCGGUCAGUUGGGAGAAACGCAGCGCCUCCUACCCAUACACAUAUACCUUGAUUGAUGUAACAGACAGCAGAUUUUCUGGCGGAACGAUGAAUGCCCCCUCGCUGACGAUAAACAGUGUCCGUGGGAUAGAUGCUGGAUAUUUUAGGUUCAACGCAACAAAUGUCUACCGUCAGUUACCACUGGAACAAGGAAUUUCUACAUGUAUUCUGGUGGAAAUGUCACAUUUGAAGUCAACAUUACAUCCUUGA